UAAGUGUGACCUUGUUCGUGGUGUUCCAAUCAUAAUGUGAUUCCGAUCUAAGCUACUCAGAAAGACUUUAGACUAUCCUUAGGUGUUUUAAAAUUGCAAUCGUUGACGAUGAUAUCAUCAGAUGUACUAAAGUUAUCGACAAAUUGUUGUUUUAGCGACAUAAAGAGCAUCUUGGAGAUCUUUGGUUUACCAAUGCCUGUUGAACAACGUGCGUUGCUCUUAACAAUGGUACCUAGGAUUCUUCAGAAUUCCACCGACCAGAUUCGUUACUCAGAUGUAAUUUUGUACGCAGCUUGUGCACUUGAUUCGAUUACUGUGAAUUCUUUUGAGGCAAGCUUAGGUCUCAGUAGAUACGACUUCUUCCUUGGAGGUGCUUGUAAUCCUACUACUUGGAGGAAAGAAGUGGCCAUACCGAUUCUUGAUCGUCUUGGUCUCACAUAUUAUAAUCCGCAGGUCGAUGACUGGUCACCUGACCUCAUGGAACUGGAAAGGAAAGCCAAAUCAAUGUCGGACAUACUUUUGUUCGUUUUCGAGAAUUGGAGAACAAGAGGAUUGGUCAGUCUUUUGGAGGUUACAUACCUUGCUUCUCAAAAAAAGCCACUAGUUUUAUGUAUAUCUAAACUUGAUAGUACUGAUUCUUCAGCAGUUAGUGAAAAUAUUGCAAAGUUGGAAUAUCAGUUUCUAGAAGAGGCUAUGAAUUGUUUUCUCCAAAUGAUUAAACGUCUCAAGAUACCGUGCUUUUCAGAAGUUAAAACUGCUGUAAAUUAUGCUAUACAUAAUAGUCAUUUAAGAUUUAAACUAUCGGAAACUAUAACAAAUAAGGACAAGGAAUUAGUGAAUAAAAUAUCAUUUGUAUCUAAUGUAUUCCAUGAAAUAAUCCGACGGACUCCUAAGUCAGCUGAUAGUCAGACUGUAUAUGACCAAGUUCGUCUUGGAUUUAAGUCAUUAAAUAUUAAUCUAAUCAGUGAUAGAAAUUUCAUUACUUAUUGGGAUAAAAUUAGUCGUUUCGAUUUAUUAUCUUCAUUGUAUGUUGAGCAUAUACUAAAACAAAAUUAUCCAUCAUUAUGGGUCAGCUUAGAAAAAUAUCUUUCCACUACAUUACUGAGUAAUUGUAAUAAAUGUGAAUUCCGUGUGGGUGAACAAAUGGGGAAUUCAUCUUCAGGAACUGAAUCAUGUUUUGGAUCAAUGAAAUCUACACCCAGCAAGCAAUUACAGCUCAACCCCUGUCUCCUCAGCGAUUCAAAUAAUGCAUUGAUUGAUUCCAAUGCUCAAACGCCAUCUUUCUCACAUUGUUCACCACUACCGCUACCAAAAUCAAAUAGUUAUAUACGUUUAAACAACACUCAACCUUCCAAAAAUGUAACGUUUGAUGUUUAUAUUGCUGGAAUAUUGAAUGGAAAUAAAUCCAGCCAAUGCUUACUAGAUAAUAUUAUUUUACCAAGAUUAAUUAAUUCAAAUUUAUCAUAUUAUCAAGCUGUACAGAAUAAUUUUCAUACAUCAUUUGAAGUUGAUAAGAAUUUGUCAAAAUUCUGUCAAGAUUUAGAAAUUAAACAAAUAGAAAUCCGUCAAAAUUGUCGGAUUUUAUUGUAUAUAAUUGAUAAUACCUCUUUUCAUUUAAUUACUCUAAUGGAGGCAGCCUAUUCUAUAGGAUGUCAUUUACCCGUAGUACUUUUCAUACAAAUGUUUAAUUCUCCUAAUGAAACACAUAUUAACAGUUGUGAUAUCUCUCAAGAGAAAUGUGAACCUAAUUCACUUCAGGAAUACAUUGAUGAUGAUUCUAAAUUGAGACAAUUUUCUAUUAACAACAUUAAAAGUAGUAUUGAUAGCAGUGGUAUUCUAAGCGAUUUCACUGGAACAAAUUCUUCUACUUCCGAUGAACAACUAUCAAUUCGAUCUAAUUCUUUGGAAUAUGGCAUUGUAAUUGAUUCACAUAAUUCUAAUAAAUAUUCUACUGAUAAUUUUAAUUGUAUCAUUGAUAAUAAUAUUAAUAAUAAUAAACUUAACAAUUCACAAUUAUAUGAUAAUAUUUCUACAAUAUUACUUUCACAACAGGCUCUUAAAGAUUAUAAUCGUGUACGUAUGUAUUUAAUUGAUUUAGCUCAAGAGUUUAAUAUUCCUGUGGUGUAUGAUAUUGAAACAGCUAUUAAUUUGUGCAUUCUUAAACUAACAACAUAAGCUUGGAUUUUUUUUUUCAUGUAGG